GACUCUCAAACCAGCUGGCACAGUGCAGCAGACAUUUUCUGCUCAGCGUUCCUCUCAGAGUUCUGGUUGGUUAGACAGGUUGAUCAGGCUGGAGGGAGGCCUGGGAUCCAGUCUGCUGAGGAGGAUUUCUUCCAGGAAGUCUCACCAGCGUGACAACCAGCGCCCUCAACCACAGGAGGCCAAUGACAUGGGGGGACCUGGAGAUGACAGCGGGCCGGGGAGGCUGAGCCGCAGGUUGUCUCGCCUGGGCAGCAGGCAUCAGUCCAGGGAUCCUCCGAGACCUCCAGCUCAGCCGGAGAGACUGCCUGCUCCGCCUGACAGACCUGUUCAACAAGAUGACAGGCCUCCUCCACCAGCCCCUGCUUCACCUCCACCUCCAGCUGCAGCACCAGCGCCUCUCCCCCCACCUGUGGAAACACCACCUAAACGUCCAGACAAAGCCACAAAGCCAAAACUUCCCCCGCGGCCGCUGUCCAGGGUGUUCAGUAGCACUCAGCAUGGAUCAGCUGUGUUGCAGGGCUUUGAUGCUUUUCGGGCAGAUGAGACUCUCUGUGAUGUCGUCCUGGUUCCUGGGGACAGCAAGGAGACAUUCCCAGUCCACCGAGUCAUCAUGGCUUCAUCCAGUGACUACUUCAAGGCAAUGUUCACAGGAGGCAUGAGGGAGCAGGAGAUGAGAGAGAUCAAGCUGCAUGGGGUCACUAAGUCGGGCUUAAAGAACAUAAUAGACUUCAUUUACACAUCCAAAGUCAGCCUCGACAUGGGGAAUCUCCAGGACACGCUGGAGGCUGCGAACUUCUUGCAGGUCAUGCCCGUCCUGAGAUUCUGUAAUCAGCUGCUGAGCAGUGAGAUCACUAUUGAUAAUUGUGUGGAGGUGGAGCGCAUCGCCACAGACCUGCUUCUGGAGGACGUUCAGCAGAAUAUAGGUGAGUUUGUGAGCCAGAACCUCUCAGCAUUGGUCGAGUGCGGCCGCUACCUCCAGCUGUCUGAAACCACCAUGGCCAAUGCCCUAUCCAGCAACUCCCUGGAGGGUUUCUCUGAGCUGGAGCUCUACCACAUCGCCAGAGGAUGGCUGGACCACAACCCCCCCAGUCGCCGCUCCUCCGUCUACGCCUUAAUGCGCCACAUUCGCUUCCCACUGAUGAGCCCUGGCGAGCUGAUUCAGAUCUCCCAUGACGAUGAAGAGGGAGGAGACUCCAUGAUGCGCUCUGAGACGGCCUGUGUGAGCCUCCUGCUGGAGGCCAGCAACUACCAGAUGAUGCCUUUCAUGCAGCCGGCUCUGCAGACCGAGCGGACACAGAUACGCUCAGACGACACCCACAUUCUGGCUCUGGGCGGUGUGAUGCGGCAGCAGCUAGUGGUGAGCCGGGAGCUGAGGCUGUACGAUGAAAAGACUGGCCACUGGAGGGCCCUGAGGCCUAUGGAGGCCCCGCGUUACCAGCAUGGGGUGGCUCUUCUCGGCGGCUUCCUGUUUAUUGUUGGAGGCCAGAGCACCUAUGACACCAAAGGCAAGACGGCCAUAGACAGCGCCUACCGCUAUGACCCACGCUUCGACAAGUGGCUCCAGAUUGCUUCACUCAACGAGAAGAGGACCUUCUUCCACCUGAGCGCUCUGAAGGGGAAACUGUUUGCAGUGGGAGGAAGGAACGCCUCCGGAGAGAUCGACACGGUGGAGUGCUACAACCUGAAGAAAAAUGAGUGGACGUUUGUAACUAACAUGGUGGAGCCUCACUACGGACAUGCUGGGACAGUUCACGGGGACCUCAUGUACAUCUCAGGUGGCAUCACCCGUGACACCUUCCAGAAGGAGCUUUGGUGUUACGAUCCUGUCGCCGACACAUGGAGCAACCGCGCCGACAUGAUGGAGCUCCGCGGCCUGCACUGCAUGUGCACCGUAGGCGACAGACUCUACGUCAUGGGUGGGAACCACUUCCGCGGCAGCAGCGACUAUGACGACGUCCUGGGCUGCGAGUACUACAGCCCAGAGACGGACCAGUGGACGGUGGUGGCGCCGAUGCCCCGGGGCCAGAGCGAUGUCGGUGUGACGGUGUUUAAUGGGCAGAUCUACGUUGUGGGAGGUUAUUCCUGGAACAGCAGGUGCAUGGUUGACAUUGUGCAGAGGUACGACCCAGAGCAGGACGUGUGGGACAGAGUGUUCAAUGUGCUGGAGCCUCUGGGGGGGAUUCGUGCCUGUACGAUGACCGUUCAUCUGCCAGAGGGGUCAGUGGAUGAAGCUCAGAUACAGGAGUGUCCGCUGCCGACAGCUAAGAGCUGAUAGUGCAUCACAGACAGGGGGUUUCCAACUGUCAGACCAGAAUUAAUCUGCAUGUUGUGGCGGAAAGAAGGCAAAACAGGAAAUAGUGUGGGUUGCAGACACAAGCAGGUGCAAGCGUGGCUAAGCUAGCUAACAUUAGCAUUCAACAGUUUGAAAACUACAUCUCUUUAUCACAUCUUUAAUGCUGUGUCCUGUGCUUGCCUUUAGUUUCAGCCAUGUAGCAUCUGUCCUGCUUUGCUUGUGUUCUUUCACUCUGCAGCGUCAGCAUGUAAAAUGUAGCACUCAAUAUAUGUUUAAUGAAACCCAGCCUCCCUCUCAGGUUUUUGGACAUUGAUUUGUUGUACAGGUCAAAGUGAUUGAAAGCAAUCAGACUGACCUCUGAAACAGAUGAAAUGACUGCUGUGAUUUUAUAUAUAAACAGCUUCCAACUUCAGUGCAAAGAAUCUUUUUAUUAACCUCUGAUAAUCUCAAAUAGACCAAAAACAGUGCUGAUGUCAUUUUGCUAACACUGUGCUGUUUGUGUGAUCGUCCCCUGACAGUCAGCUGCACUCUUGUAUCAUCCUGAAGGAUGACAGACUUUCAGAGAACUUCUAUUGGAAAUUCCGUCUUUUAAUUGAGCUUGUAAUAAACACAGACACCCACUUUUAAAAACAAAACUGAGGCCAGUAGAGCGCAGAUCCAACAGAUAUGUACAAAAAUAGAUGGAUAAAUGUUUGUAUGUUUUGUAUAUUUAUAAGCAAUGUUUUAAAA